AAAAUUAUGGGAAGCUAAACGCGCCUCUUUCUCUCUGCUCUUUCAGUCCCGACUAGCUAAUUAUAUGCUCUGCUGUUCAAACUGAAGAUCUGAAAACUUCUCCGACGAAUCGCCGGCAAUUGCUCCGGUUCCAGAUGUUUUGAUUCUUGCGUAAGAAAACUUUAAACUGAAGUCAUGGUGGGCUGGCAGCGACAUUUGCAGUCUAUACUUCGUCAGACUGGGAAAAGAUUAGAGUGCAGUUGCAAUGGUUCAUUCAGCUCUUCUCCUUAUCACUCAAAGGCUUCUCUUGUAAUGGGUGAUAUGCCUUUUCUGCGGAAUCUGCAGAAUUCAACUUCUCCAAGCUUUUCAAGUCCUUUAUAUCAAUAUCUGCAGCAGCUGGGUUUUACCAGCUCAAGUAAGGUACUGGCAGACUCAUCUGAGGCAUCACCAAUUCCUUCUCCAUUGACACCAGUUUUGGCAUUAAAUAGUGGAAAAACUGAAGCCCAAAAAGCAGUUUCUAAACCUUCAAAUGUUCAAGCAAUUCUAAAAGGCAUUAAACAGAUUAUCGUUUGUUACCUGGAGGAAUUACAAGAAAGCGAGACUACGAUCCACAAAUUGACACAUAAGACUCACCUUUUACUUGGGAAUAGAGUGGGGAAAUGUAGCAUGUCACAAGAGCUAGUCGAGGUUUGGAACCCUACUUCAAGAGGGACGCCUCACAAGCCGGGCUUUUAG